CACCAUCAUGCCUACUGAUCCUCGCCCUGGCUACGACACCGUAUGGCCAGCGGAUAGUGUCGAGUUUUGCCCAGGCGGAAACUCCAACGAUGUCUUUGUUUGCGGCACCUAUAACCUCGAGAAGCAGACCGAGGAAGAAACGGCCCUCAACAAGCCCCAAGUCAGGCGAGGGAAAUGCCUUCUCUUUGAAGUUGGAUCUACCGAUGCAUCUCAACUGCAGCCUGUCCAAGAGAUUGAUCUCCCAGCGGUGCUCGACAUGAAGUGGUGUAACUCGUCUCCUUCUUGCAUGCUUGCAAUUGCCGACUCUGAGGGGCAUGUCACUAUCCACCGCUAUGAUGCCACAGACGGAAGGCUACACCAAGAGCAGUCGAUACCUUGCGCGUCCAAGGACACGCUCUGUCUCUCCCUUGAUUGGUCGAAUCGUCGCUUCCCUGGAAGCCUGGGAUCAUUGGUUGUCUCCCUUUCCAAUGGCUCUCUGGUCCUGCUGCGUCCGGGAGAGUCUGAGCUGACCAUCACCGAAACUUGGCACGGCCACGACUAUGAGCCCUGGAUUGCCGCCUGGAAUUAUUGGAAUUCGGAUACGAUCUUCUCAGGCGGCGACGAUUUGACACUCAAAGUAUGGGACUGCAGGCAAGGCUUCACACAGCCCACCCUCGUCAAUAGAAGGUUUGACUCCGGCAUUACGACGAUACAGACGAACCCGCACAUCGAACAUAUCGUUGCAGUAGGCAGCUACGACAACUCCGUCCGUAUCUUCGACGCAAGAAAUAUGCGAACCGCCCUCUCACAGUCAGACGUCGGUGGUGGCGCUUGGCGAACCAAAUGGAAUCCCUCUCCUUCGAGAUCAAUGGACCUGGCCGUAGCGUGCAUGCACGAUGGUUUCAAGGUCUUGAGGUACGAAGCCGGCUUCUCUGAGAGCCUGAUUAUCAAGCGCUUCGACGAGCAUCAGUCUCUGGCGUAUGGUGUGGAUUGGUCGUACAGCACGGCAGUGGACGAAACCAUCGUUGCUAGCUGCUCGUUCUACGACCACACUCUACACCUGUGGCGCGCAUGAGCAAUGCUACUUCGUCCAGAAAUUCUUCAGCAGAUAGACAUACAAUCAAGUCGUGGAUGACAA